CAAUUUUCUAAAUCAUUUUCCCGAUAUACUUUUUUUACAAUAUUUAUAUUUUAUAUAAUAACAAGGAUUAAAGUAAUUAUUGAGUCAAGAAUGUCAAGUUAUUGUACAGUAUAUACUGUAUGCUAGUAUGCACUACAAGAAAUCAUCAGAUGAUCUUUUUUCUCACUCAAUCAUUUUUAUGCACCGUAUGGACAAGUCAAAAUGAAAUGGGUUAUAAAGAAACCUAUACAUCAUUUAUUAAUCCAGUAAAAUUUCCAUAUAUUAAAAUUGAAAGUUUCGGGGAAAUGAUCAGUUCAGGAAAUCGGAAAUCGGAAAAUUGUUUUCGGGAAAUGAUAUGUUUGAGAAAUGGUAUUCGGUAAAUCAUGUUGUAACGUGUUCCAAUAGGAAUAUUAAUAUUAUUAAUUCUUUAGUAUACGAUAAUUUGGGGUAGAUGUAGUAUUAGUAUUGACUUUAUCAUAUUUAGGGGUACAAACAUUUGUUAGUGACGUGUCAUAUUGUGUUAUGUCGUUGAUGUCAACUUUGACAUAUCAAAAUAUCCUUUAUUGUGCUUACUACUCUUUUAAUUAACAG